CCUCCUCUGUCCAUUCCUCUGUCCACACCUCUGUCCACCUCUGUCCACACCUCUGUCCACCUCUGUUCACCUCUGUCCUCCUCUGUCCACACCUCUGUCCACUCCUCUGUCCACCUCUGUCCACACCUGUCCACAUCUGUCCACUCCUCUGUCCUCCUCUGUCAACCUCUGUCCACCUCUGACCUCCUCUGUCCACACCUCUGUCCACUCCUCUGUCCACACCUCUGUCCACCUCUGUCCACACCUCUGACCUCCUCUGUUCACCUCUGUCCUCCUCUGUCCACUCCUCUGUCCACACCUCUGUCCACCUCUGUCAACCUCUGUCCACACCUCUGUCCACCUCUGUCAACCUCUGACCUCCUCUGUCCACACCUCUGUCCACCUCUGUCCACACCUCUGUCCACCCUGGCGUUUCCUUGUUUCGAUGGCAUUUAUCUCCCAAAGGAAGAAAAUGAAUUCCUGCAUCAUGUCAAGGAGGAUCUGGAAACAUACCAAGAGAAGAGCAACCACAAGAGUGUGCUCCUGUUCCCCCCUCUACCCAGCAGACUGCGUUACCUGAUCCACAGGACCAUAGAGGACCUGCCAGAGCUCACCACCUUCUCAGUGGGGGAUAGCUGGUGCCGGAGGGUGGUGGUCUGCAAUUCUGAGCUCAGGGGUGAGAUAGAGGAAGACGGUGAAGACGGCAACGACAGCUUGUGUGAAGACCCCCUAAGAAGCAGGGAGGAGAUGGGUGACUACGCCAAGUCUAAAUCUUCAAUCCCAUCGCGAAGCCGAGGACCUAAGAGGCCGGACAAAGCCCUUUACAUGCCACGAGCUGCUCGGAAGAGACUGUCCUUACAAAACACACAAGAACCCUCAGGGGAACAAGGGUUGCCCAGUCCCGCCUCAAGUAGCUGCAGCUGCAUCAGCAGUUCAUCGGACGCUUGUUCCUGUCCCGAAACUACAGAAAAAACAAAGUCUUCAUCCACGUCCGGACAGGAAUGUCUCCCCAGUGUAGCGGAGUGUAUCCUCAACCAUGCUGCUGACAGUUCAGCACUUUGUCCGGAAGAAGAGAAACAAAAGUUGGUGCUGACGGUGCAUGAAGCUGAGCCCCCAGUCUGGGAACAGACUUUGUCCUGCUUCUCUGACAUGACUCUGGAGGAGGAUGAGAAGGGCAAGGAGGACAUAUGCACAGACACAGAUGAUGUAACUGAAGAGAUCAAGGCACAUCUGAAAGAAGCCGUGACCGUUUCCAUCCAGCACGUUCACAAUGACUACUCCAUCUAUGAGAAUGUGUGUCUCAGCCCGGAUAAGUUUUGCCACGUGAUCGAGAUCUACGACUUCCCUGCUUGUUUCAAAACGGAAGACCUCAUGGAUGCUUUCACAGACUACAGUGAUGGUGGAAUGAAGAUCGAGUGGGUCGACAACACACACGCCCUGGGGGUUUUCUCCAAUGAGACGGCAGCACUCCACGCCCUCUCCAUCUGCCACCCAGUGUUGAAGACAAGAGCGCUGGCUGAAGGGAGUAAAAAAGCCAAAGGAAAGGCCAGUAGACGGGCAGAGUUUAUCCAGCCAGUAAAGGAACGUCCCAGGACAGACUGCGCUGUUGCAAGGCGGAUGGUGACCAGAGCCCUGGGGCUGCGGGGACGAGGCAGAGUGCAGCGAUACUGAAGGGAAUCGCUAUCCGCUAAUGGAAAAUACAGAAAGGCCCGGCGGAGGUCUGCCUCCACUCAUUGGUCCUCUGUAGAGGCUCCACGGGGGCCACCAACAGCUGGCUGAUCAUGAAGAGUAUGACUACCGUCCAGCAUUGUCUGCCUGCUUCACUGAUCGGUACGGCACGUUUGCAUGGUGAACGAGGGGACUGGCAAGAAUUGACUGCAACAUAUCAGCAACAUCCACCCUGCUGAAGUGUCCUUGGGCAAGACGCUGAAUCACAACCAGCCUCAAAGUUGCUGUUCUGUAGUCGAACCUGACCCCUGUGGACAUUGUUGUUGUGGUUCCUGUUGUUCACGUUAGGAUCAAUAAUCAAAAAGAAAGUAUGAGUCCAAUGUGGAAAUGGUACUGGAGAAGCUAUUAGCUUGUUUUGAUUUGAAUGCAUGUUGUCUUGAAACUAAAGUGUGUUUCGAGGGUGUUUAAUUUACAGGCAGGGAUAUUUUUGUUUCCUCCUUGCCCAGAUGAUGUGGGAUUUGUUGCAUAAUUCUACACAAGUAUUCAUUAUUUUCUAACUUAAUGUUGAAUUAAUCCACAGCUUAAUUCUCAGGAUUUGGUUAAAGAAAUGUUACAUUGUGCGCUGUAAAUGCAGCCAGAUUUUUAUAUGGAGUGGACAAUUCCCACUGACAAAUGUGAUGUAGAUCCAUUUACAGAAUCAGAUCUGUUAAAAGGCUAAAUAUUGUUUUCAAAAGCCAGCAUUUCAAUAGAGAGACAGUCGUACGGGAAAAACACAUGUACAGUAGCAGCAAUGUUACGCUUGAUAUUUUCUAAUGUUUUAGUUCAUUUUUAAACUUUGUUUUAAUUUUUGUAAACAAGUUGCAAGAUGUUCAGUUGUUUUUCAUAUUUAUUAUUAUUUUCCUCUAAAUAACACAAAACUACCUUAGAUUUGAUUGUUGCCUCAGAGGCAAAGUAUUCAAGUUCGUUCUCCACAUCACAGAAAACUAGACAGUUUCAGAAGUUUUUGAUCAACUAAAGUUUGAGUUUUGGAAACUUUGAAUGUUAGGCCCUUUGUACCUGUUACUGUAUUUAGUAAAAGAAAGAUGUUGAGUAUUUUAUUUUUUGUCAUACUGAAAUGGGAUGUUUCCCUGGAAUUAUCUUUUGUGCCUGAUGUUGGAGUGACGGGACUUGUUCUGUGGUAUGCCUCUAUGCAUUACCUAUGUCAGUUACCUGUAGAGUUUAAUUGCAUCCCUUGAGUCAUUUCAGGGAGAAGAAGACUUGAUUAUAACGUUUAAUACUGCACAAUCCCAUGACAAUAUGAAAACUACACAUGGUUUUUGACUUGAUUCGUUGUAGAAAAGUUUCAGUGACGUAAAAGUUGAAAUAAACAUACAGUGCAGCUAAA